AUCUCCGCGCGCCACACAAAGCAGGCGGUUCUCUUCACGCACGUUGAUGUUUAUAUGUUAGCUUCUUAGCUUAGCUGCUGCACACGUUUCAUCACCAGUAUCUUAAAUAUAGUUUGACUGAAAUCUAGAAAUGUCUGUCACCGAGAUGUUCAGUCACAUCCAGGGCUUCCUGAGCGCCGACCAGGACAUCAGAGAGGAUAUCCGUAAGGUGGUCCAGUUGCUGGAGCAGACUGCCAGGGAAAUACUUACCGUACUCCAGAGCGUGCACCAGCCAUCUGGAUUCAAAGAAAUUCCCAGUAAAUGUGCAAGGGCCCGGGAGUUGUUCUGCACGGUCAGGACAACAAUUGCCGACCUUAAAACCAAAUUUCCCAUGGAGCAGUAUUACAGGUUCCAUGAACACUGGCGGUUUGUCCUGCAGCGUUUGGUUUUCUUGGCGGCCUUCGUCGUCUACCUGGAGACUGAGAGUCUUGUGAUCCGGGAGGAAGUGGCAAAGAUCCUUGGCAUUGAGGUGGUGCGAGAGAAAGGCUUUCACCUGGAUGUGGAAGACUACCUGGCAGGUGUGCUGAUCAUGGCCAGUGAACUGUCACGGUUGGCGGUAAACAGCGUCACAUCUGGCGACUACACCCGGCCGCUCCGCAUCUCCAACUUCAUCAACGAGCUGGACUCGGGCUUCCGUCUGCUCAACCUGAAGAACGACCCGUUGCGAAAACGCUAUGACGGCCUCAAGUACGACGUGAAAAAGAUCGAGGAGGUGGUGUACGACCUGUCCAUCCGCGGCCUCGCCAAGGAGGCAGAGACCGGAGGGGACAAGUAGAGCUGCUGCACCUUACCCCGCCUGCAAGGCGAGACCCAGGGAUCCAUAACCUGAGGCUCCGGCAGCUGAGGACUGGCUGUGUGUGUGUCUGUUGGUGUGUGCGCAUGAAAGGUGCUUUAGAUGGAUGGCAAAGGCCUCGUUGAAGAUCGCAGGUUCAGUUUGUUGUUUUUAAAUCUGUGUUCUCGGCUUCUCCUCUGUUACUGUUUCACUAAGUUGGUUUCAUAUCCAGCAGCCAACCAGUUAUUGUUUAGAAAUUAUGUCAUUUCAAGAUGACGGGCGCUCAGAUUUGUUGGGCUGUUUGUAUAUUUGUCAAAACAAAAGAAAAAAAAAUGUGUUUGAGUUCAGUGGACUCCUGGUGGUAGCUCUUAGGACUCUUGAGUUAUCAUCGUAAAAUGGAUGAAACCAAGCAGAGACCCAGGAGCCUCAUAAGUGAAGGAAAUAUUUGACAACGAUUAGAAAGGAAGAAACAACCAGUAACAGCAUCCAGAAUUCAGACUAGAUAAAGUAGCCUUGGUUUGGGUUUUGAUCAGUAAGAUAAAUCUGCAUAUACCUUUUUCAUUUUUUACAAGUGAGGCUCCAGGAGUGCUAGAGCCAAAUAAAUGACAACGAUGCACUGCACGUGAUGAAGCUAGUGACAUUCCUUUUUACGUUUCAUUUAAAAAAAAAAAACUCUUGCAGAACAGUGCCAAUAAAUACGUCGUUUGAGACUUUAGUAUUUUGGAAAUCAUGCAAACACAGAUGUCAGAAUGUACUGCAUGUGAUAUUUCCCUUUUUCUUUUUCCACUUUAAGGAAUAUCUUGAAACUUUGCUGUUAGCAUCAAUGCUUCUUUUAUGCUUCUGUGCUGUAAUCGAGCUGGGUUGUGUUUCCUUGAAAAUAACCCGCUUUCUCUCUGUUUCCUGGAGUGCAUUUGACUCUGUCUGUAUUCCUGUCCUUGAAUCAGUUGUCUUAAAGAUGCUUAAAAAAUGACUCUAAAUAUAUUUCUACAUUCUCCGUU